AUGAACGCAAAGCCGUUGUUGUGGUGCGCUUUCCGCCAGCACGAUAUCGUCAAGUCUGCAAGGUGGACUCUACGUGUUUCCAGCCACAGCAACUGCAGCAGCACUCACUCCCCCGCCCUGAUCAAAACUCUCUCCAUCAAACCUGAAAGGCGUCAACCUCUUUACUGGGCACCGGCACCUGAUGACGUGGCGAGCUCCUGGACCGAUGGCGAGCCGCCGGCACCGCCUUUGACUCUGUCUAUCACUCUACGAGAUCUAGUGGCCGAGGCCGAAGCGCUCCACGACCGACUGGACUUCGCCACCUUCGUCGACCUGGCAGAGUCCCCUUGCCUGCCGCACUAUCGCGACGGCCAGCCCCAGUGGAAGCGCGUUGAGAAAUCCUCUACCUUCACACUGCUCAAGCGCGACGACGAGGUGUUGGCUCUAGCUCGACUGGACGCGAGCGUUGAAGAGGUGGCCAACAUCUUGGCAGCCACCACGGAUCCGCUACACGCCGCUGCGAUGAAGGGACUCUACGGCGACGCGUUCAUCUCCGGCAGCGUGGCGUAUGUUCAACGACCAAACACUUACGAGCACGACCCAGUGCACCAGCAUCUCGCAGUGAAGACGACCAGCUUCGUGCACUCCGAUAUACUGGGUAAGAACGAGCAGUGGUGCUUCGCUGAGAACUUCCGCUGCAAACCUGAAGGCGGCAGCUUCACUCUCACGCAGGGAUCGCUGUCUGUAAGCCAAGCCCUUUCAUUGCCUGCGCGAUCGGCGUUGAAGGAUAGCGCGCGUCGUGUGGCACAGCUUCGAGACGUGACAGCAGCUUAUCUGGUGGAGCGAAUGCCUGGGAACCAUGGGAUCCGAGUGGUUUUCCAUGCAAUCUACAAGUUUGGCGGUAUCGGUGGCGAGAAGAACGACGCUGAAGGAGAAGCGCCUGUGGUAAUGCGGAAGGCUGUGCGCGCGCGCUUGCUGCGUCUUGCACGCGGCGUCGCAAAACUCUCGCAACUGGUGCGUCGUCGUCGGUUCGGAGCUCAAGUGUACGCGGAUUGCUCGGCUUUCGACGUGCAGAACCCUCGCUGCACGUGUUGUACGAGGAAACUUUCGUUCCUGAUGCUCAUGCCGCGCACUCGGUGCUACCUCUGCGGCUACUACGUGUGCGUGACCUGUACUUCGUCCGAGAAGAUGGAGACCCACAACGGCCGCCUCGCCUCCAUCAUCGUCUGCACUCGGUGCCGACUGAGCGUCACUUCUUGCGACUACAAUCACAUGCUGACGGUGCUUCCAGGCCCCGAGCGUGCGCUACCAGAUCCAUCCCCGCGCUCGGCAUUAAUCAAGCCGCUCUCUUCAUCAAGUCGAUCGAGCAGAACGUCAAGCCGGACGUCCGACCUGUCAUCCUUCUCGACGGUGAGCUCGGAUUCUUCAUCAAGCCAAAUGCUCGCCGAGUUGCUCGGUUUGGUCGUGGAUAGCGACUCGGACGACGUCACAUCUGGAAAGCGGCAAGCGGCAUUCAUGGUGCUCAACCAGCUUCUAACGGCGGACCAAGAAGAGGCCCAAGUGCAGGCAGAUGAGAACAAAAAGAAGCUGAAUGCUGCUAUCCCGUUGUCGCCGCACGCAGAAGCUGCCCAUAAGGCGUUGGAUAUAUCCGCGUACCCUGAAGAUCCUGCCGAGUGCAAGUUCGCAAGUGCUGAGAGUCGUCCGUAUCCAAUGGUACCCGCUGUGAUUCCGAGCGAUACGGACUCGAGCGAUCCACCCGAGCCAAUUAUUUAUCCCAUCCCGGCAAAUGAAGAUGUUCGCUUGGCUGCAAUUGAGCACUUCAAGCUUCACGAAGUCCUGAAUGUGCCCGAAUUGAACGUCAUCUGCGCGCUUGCUGCCGCUGAAAUGGGCUGCCCACACAGCGUCAUCACUCUCGUGGAGUGCGAGGUCGUGACGCUACUUGCGACCAAUGACCCCGAAAAUUGGGACCUUGGUAGUGGAACCCCCCGUGAACAAACGUUCUGCCAGCACUUUGUCAUGGACGACCAGCCGCUGCUCGUGCGCCACGCCGAGGCUGACAUGAGAUUCUACCACAUCGCGCCCGUGACAAUGCGAAGCUUGCGCUUCUACGCAGGAUUUCCUGUGUCCGUUAGCUCCGUGAUGAAGUCGGGAAGGCCAGGUGAACCUGACAAGGUCGUCGUUGGAGCGUUGUGCUGCCUCGAUGCUAAGCCGCACCAAAUCACGAGGUCGCAGUACUGGCGGAUGAUGAAGCUCGCAGAUGCGGCCUCGAGUAUCCUCGAGAAAAACGCGAAGGAGUAUGGUAAAGACCACAAAAACUAUCCACGAGUCCAAAACGUGGUCGGAGCCGAAGCUACUACGCAGAAGAACGCAACUGCAGCAGUCGCCUGCUAA